CUCCCUCAUUCUGCUUCUUUCUCCGAAUGCAGACUUCUGAGCUGCUACACCUACACUCAUCCUUUCAACCUCAACAUGUGGAGGCUCGUACGCACAAAUACCAACGUGCUCUCAAACCGAUAUUCCGUCACCAAAUCCUUACCCGUUUCUCUCGGACCCGUGGACUAUUGCACUGCACAAACCCAGGAAACUGUGCGAGAAAUCACCAACAUUCUCAACCAUAGCAACUGGCAGCUCCUAUUGGACUCCUCGGAAUGGCCCGGGAAGCUAAACCCAGAUUUAAUCCGCUCCGUUAUCCGCGAGAACCGGGCGGGUGAUCCGAACCGCCUCCUCGGCUUCUUCCUCUGGUCCGAGCACAAACUGGGUACCUUUCAGAAUUUGGAAAUUUUCUCACUUCUUGUUGUUUCUCUCUGCAAUUCUAAACUCUACGGGCCUGCAAAUGAUGUUUUAGAGCGUAUGAUAAGAAUUUGCAAGUCACCUUCUGAUGUUCUAGGUGCUAUUGAUGUUUGUUAUAGAGAAUGCGAUGGGUCUAUAUCUAAUGCUAAGGUGUUUGAUAUGUUGAUUGAUAGUUAUAGGAAAGUGGGUCUGUUAGCUGAGGCUGUUAACGUGUUUAUGGGUUUAAAAGAUGUUAAAUGUGUCCCUUGUUUGUUGAGUUGUAAUUUAUUAUUAAGAGAGUUGUUGAAGGUGAAUAACAUGGAGAUGUUUUGGAAGGUUUGUGAUAGAAUAUCUGAGAUGAAGAUAGCUUUUGAUGUGUAUACUUAUGGCACUGUGAUCAGUGCUCACUUUAAGGCUGGAAAAGUUAAUGAGGCGAAGAGGGUGUUUUUGGAAAUGGGUGGAAAGGGUUGCAGCCCCAAUGUGGUUGCUUACAAUGUGGUUAUUCAUGGGCUGUGUAGAGCGGGGCGCAUUGAUGAAGCUAUUGAGAUGAAGAAGUCUAUGGUUGAGAAGGGUUUGGUCCCUGAUUGUUAUACUUAUGUGACUCUUGUCAAUGGGUAUUGUAGGGAAAAGAGAUUAAGAGAGGCGAAGUUGGUUUUGUCAGAAAUGAGUGAUGUGGGAUUGAAGCCUGACCUAAUUGGCUAUAGGGAUUUGAUUGAUGGGUUUGUGAAACGAGUUGAUGUGGAAGAGGCUCUUAGAAUCAAGGAUGAAAUGGUUACUCGUGGCAUUCAGAUAGAUGUGGUCAUAUAUAACAUGCUUCUUAAUGGGCUUUGUAAGGCUGGUAAGAUGGAGAAGGCAAGAGAAAUCAUGAGUGAGAUGAAAAGGAUGGGCGUACGACCUGAUUCAAGAAGUUACAAUUUGUUGAUUGAGGGCUACUGUCGGGAGUGUGAUAUGGUUAGUGCUUUUGAAUUGCUUGAUGAGAUGAAGAAAAGGAGCUUGCCACCUAUGAAGGCAACUUACAGUGUUAUGAUUAAUAGGCUUUGUCGGUAUGGAGAUCUCCAACAGGCAAAUACUGUUUUGGGGGAAAUGAUUUUGAGGGGUUUGAGACCGAAUGCCAUUAUCUAUUCAAGUCUAAUUUCAGCUAACACUGGGGAAGGGAGACUUGAUGAAGCAAGAAGGAUAUUGGAGAGCAUGAAAGAGCAGGGGAUUAUUCCUGAUGUAUUUUGCUACAAUUCUCUCAUAACAGGCCUCUGCAAAGCCAAGAAGAUGGAAGAAGCAAGGACCUGCUUGGUAGAAAUGUUGGAGAGAGGAUUAGAGCCAAAUGUGUAUACCUAUGAAGCUUUCGUACAUGGAUACAGCAAGUCAGGGGAGAUGCAGAUGGCUGAUAGGUAUUUCAGUGAGAUGCUAGGUUGUGGUCUAGUGCCUAAUAAUGUGAGUUACAUGGCCUUGAUUGAUGGGCAUUGCAAAGAGGGGAACAUAACUGAAGCCUUUUCAGCAUUCAGAUGCAUGCUUGCGCGAGGUUUACUCCUGGAUCUCCAUACUUACAGUGUGCUUAUCAAUGGUCUCACAAGGAAUGGAAACAUGCAAGAAGCUCUUGCGAUCUUCUCAGAGCUUUGUGAGAAGGGAUUAGUCCCUGAUGUUUUCACUUACACCUCUCUCAUUACUGGUUUCUGCAAGCAGGGUGAUGUAGAGAAGGCUUUUCAACUGCACGAAGAGAUGUGCAAAAAAGGCAUAAAUCCAAACAUUGUUACUUAUAAUGCCUUGAUUGGUGGGCUAUGCAAGGCAAAUGAUGUUGAGAAAGCUAAGGACUUGUUUUCUAACAUCUUGCAUAGAGGCUUGAAUCCCGAUGGUGUGACAUAUGCUACAAUGAUAGAUGGUUACUGCAAAUCCAGGAAACUUACUGAAGCAUUUCAAUUAUUAGAUGAGAUGCUUUUAAGGGGUGUCCUGCCAGAUAGUUUGGUCUACAAUGCCAUUCUGAGUGGAUGCUGCAAAGAAAGGAAAUUGGAGAAAGCUCAGGAACUAUUUCAAGAUAUGCUGUGUAAGGGCUAUGCCACUACACUCUCUUUCAACAUUGUGAUUGAUGGGUUCUGCAAGAGUGAAAAGCCGCAAGAAGCCAGUCAUUUGUUAGAGGAAAUGUUACAAAAGAAGGUCAUGCCUGACAAUGUUACCUACACAAUGCUGAUUGAUCGGCACUGUAAGGCUCGGAAUAUGGAGGAAGCAAGACACCUCUUCUUGGAGAUGCAGGCAAGGGAUCUAGCACCAACCACCAUAAAUUACAAAUCACUUCUUCAUGGAUACAACAUUAUAGGAAAAAGAUCUGAGGUUUUUUCUUUGUUUGAAGAGAUGGUAGCCAAGGGGAUUGAACCUGAUAGGAUCACCUAUUUUGAAUUGAUUGAUGCUCACUGUAAAGAAGGGAACCAGAUUGAAGCGUUGAGGUUGAGGGAUGAGAUGUUAAAGAAGGGUAUCCCCUUGAAUUUAGCUGCAUAUGAUGGUCUAAUACAAGUGUUAUGUACAAAAGAAGAAUUUUCAGAAGCAUUAUCUUUACUUGAUGAAAUGGGAGAGAGGGGACUUAGGCUCAGUUUUGCUACAUGUAGAGCCAUCGCUUGUGGUUGUCAAAGAGCAGGCAAUAUGGAGAAAGCUGCAGAGGUUUUGGAGCGCAUGUUGUGGUAUGGAUGGGUUUCAAACUCCAUAAGCUUAACUUGCUUACUAGAUGGUAAUGAGCAUGAUUGGAAUUCUGAGGAGUCCAACAAACUUCUAAAUCAAAUGGCAUAGGAAGUUGUUUGUUUAGGGUGGCACAAUUUUAAAACUGCUACAUCACUUCUCCUUGGUGCUGCUUCAUAGUUGCAGCUGUCAUAGUCAUUGGAGAUGUUUUGGCGUCAGAGUAAACCCAGAAUGGGUUAGCUCGGCAUGGUUGCUCCCAGUGUGCUGUUGUCCCUCCAAGUGACUGCUUAUUAUAUUCUGCAGCCACGACAAUUGAUGCUUCAGCCUGGGGUGGUAAAUCCCAGGUCUACUAAAGGACGAUAUUUAUCUUUAUUUUCGGUAAAAACGAAAAUAAAGAAAAUAUCAAAAAUAAUAUUGGAGCAGCGCCGCUUGAUCAGAAUUUUAGCUAUUUUCAAACAAUGGAAGUACAAAAGGAAAGAUUGCCACGAUUCCCGCUGAUUGUCAAUUUUAUAUUAGGAUUUUAUUUUAUUUUAUUAGGACUUUAUUUCCUUUCCUUAUUAGGAUUAGGUUUACUACUACUAUAGGAUUAUGUUUACUUUCCUACUAGGAUUAGAUUUACUUUCUCUACUAGGAUUAGAUUUACUUUCUCUACUAGAAGUAGGUUUACUUUCUCUACAAGUAUUUCUCUUCUAUAAAUAGGCUUGCCUAUUAUGUAAAACUCAAUCAAUUGAAUUAUAAUCAAAUCAGAGAAUUCUCUCUCAAAUACUCUGCG